AUGGACGCGUCACACCUCGACGACAAGAUGGACGUGGCCUCGUCGCCAUUUCGGCACGUUGACGAUAUCGACAUCGAGCUUGACUCCGUUCGUGAAUCUUCGGUGAUUGGCUCCGUGCAGGACGAGAUGAUCGAUGACGCGGCGGUAGCUGCCGACGCGGUCUCCGAUGUCAUGCAAGACGAGUUCGAUGAGGCUCUCGCCGACGAUGAUAUGUUUGAUGACACAAGACAAGGCCCACCUGAACAGCAGGAUCCCGACUACAACAUGGAUGGCUCAAUUGAAGAGGUGCAACGUGAUGAAGAUGAGGAUAUCUUGUACGAAGAUGAAGAUGACAUUACAUCAGGACCUCCACAGAAUGAUGCGAUAGUUGAGUACGACAGCAAUCAAACCUCGCAAGGCUAUCUGGAGGCUGCCGCUGAGGUCGUCUUAGAAGACCUUGACCACCAAACCGAACCCAACGAACGGCAAGACUUCCCUACUAAUGAGUCAGAGAGCCUUCCAGUCAGCGGCAGUACCGUUACCGGGGAUCAACUCGCCAACAACCUUGACCAGGACCAAUCACUAAACGUUUCCGAAGAGUAUCUAGGAGAAACCCGCGAGGAGCAAGCUCAUCAGCAACACGAUGCUCUCCCACGGAGCCCAGAAGACCCUAACCAAGUUGAGCCCGCGGAAGAGCAAAACGAACCUCAAGGUAGCCUUGAGGAGCUACACGAGCCCCAGGCAAGAGCCGAACCCGACGAGUCCCUAGUAUCAGCUGAUGCCGGAGAACCGGGACAGCAGCAACAUGAGGUAUCGGCCAAGAGCAAUGCAGACACCGAGGUUCCCAAGACUAUGCAUCCUAUAACUCUUUACUACCUCGAAGAAGAAAUGUCGCUCUUUCCGCCUAUGCUUGGAGACGCGUCGAGCGUGUAUUUCCUGUCUGACUCAUCGCUAGCCUUCGAGCCGUUGGACAAAUUGCUUGCGGCAUGUCGUGAGAUUUUGGUCGGGACUUUGGAUCAUCACGAUGAGCUUGUGCUGGACGUGCCUGGGCUCGGUCUCCACAUUUGCGAAGAUUCGAAAUAUGCUGCUCAAAUCACCCUAGCUCAGAUUAUCGAUGUUUAUCUUCGCCUUUGCCACAACGACGAAGGCCAGGAGGCCCAGCCUCUAUAUUGCCACCUGAGCAGCAGAGUUAGUUUAGCAUCCCAAUACGCCUACCUCGCAGCUGCGAGUGGCGAAGGCAAGACGUAUGCCGAGAUCGCUGCAGAUCACUCGCAUAGUCCGGAGUUGGAAGACGAAGAGACAGCAGUAGCGGAUCAAAAGCAGGCAAUGGACAGCAGUCAUCCCUCGACCGGUGCAGAAGCACUCGCCACCGGCGACCAGACAGACAAUCUUCUGUCUAAGGAUAUCGCUGAAAACAGUGAUAAACCAGACCUCUUUGAUUUGGAAGACCAAGCCCAGAAUGACGCUGCUGCUCAGAUCACAGCUACCACAGUGGAUGCACCCCCUCCAGAUGCGGACAACUCGGAAACCCUUGCAGGUACCGACACAUCCGAACAGGUCGGUCUUCAUGGGGAUGAUUAUCCUCGAAAUGGCGAGCAAGAAGAUGGGUAUGACGAGGUUCCAAUUCCCGAAAGUGCUGGUGAUGAGCCAGAGCAAGGACCUGGGGAAACUGAUCGCUCGUAUGAGGAUCGUGAUGACGAGACGAACAGUUCACACACUGUUGAUGGCGACCCGGACGAGGCAUCUCUCCAGGCUGACGGUGCCGGUAAUUCUGGCGCAGAGAUCUCCGGUAGCGGCCAUGGUCCCGUACAGGGAGACGAUGUCUUCCCACCAGAAGAUGGCAUUGUUGAGCCGGACUCUGGGUACGGGCCUUACGAUGACGAGGAGCUCUUUCCCGCUCCACAAGACGAUGUUGGAGUCCGCGAACCAGAUGUCACCGCAGAUAUCCCAGCCGGAGACCAGAAUACGACCUUACAAGACCUCGCUGCGCAAGAUCCACCACAGGAUGUCGUUUCGUCUACGAACUUUGAUGAUCUCCAUGGUCAAGAAAAGCCGCAGUCCGCAUCAACAGCCAGCAUUCCCACGCUGGACAACCUCAGUCCCCCCAUAACACCCAAGCAGGCCAAGCGAAAAGCUGAAGAUGCUGACGAGCUUCUGUUCCUGGAUCUGGACACCCCGGACCCCAAACGGCGACGGUCUUCGUAA